AUGUAUGUGUCUAUGUAUAGUUCGCCAUUUCCUAAAUUAAAUCCCAAUGUUAGGUAUAAGACAGUCUUAGAGAGAGCAGGCUUUGAUGUUAUCUAUGACACAAACAAAAAUAAAGAUAACGGUAUAUUAAGAACAAGUAAAUCUACACCAAAUUUGAGGUCGAAGAACAAAAAAAAAUUUGAAUUUUCUAAUAAAAAUUUCACAAAUGAUCACAUCCCUUAUAACACUGAUAAAUAUCGUAAUAAUAAAGAUAUUGUAAUUACUAACGGUAUUAACUCUUUAGGUAGUUCAAAUAAUAUUGACUCUGAUUCUGCAAACAAUUCAAAUAUAAAUACAUCUCAUGAUGACUCUUUAUUUGAUUUUGAGAAUAAUAAAUAUAAAACUGAUACUAAGAGUAAUAAGAAUAAUCGUGAUGAUAAAGAUAUCAAAAAUAUUUCUGGGAACGAUUCUUGCUCAAAUGAAUUGAAUGAUACUAGAAAUACCUCAGAUUUGGAGAAUGAAAUAUCUAAUUUGAAAAUAAACUUUUCAAUAAAUAGUAAACAAGCGUUUGGUGGUAGUCCUAACCCUAAUCCAAAUGUAAAUGCUAGUUCUAAAAUUGAAUUGGAGAAGGAUUUACAGAAUCAAUUUAGUAAACAAAAUAAUCUAAUAAUUGAUGAUAUUAAUUCUAAAUUAUCAAAUAUACAAAAUGGUGAGGGCGUGGUAGAGAGAAAACAAAAAAACGAUAAUGAUGAUAAUGGCGUUGAUGCUGAUAUCUCACAUUCUACUUCUACCUAUCUAUCAUCUUCAAAUAAUAGAGAAAUUGAUGAUAUCAAGGAUGAGAAGUCUAUAGAUGAAAAUUCAUUAAAUAACGAUAUGAGUAAUACAUCAGAGACUAGACUGCUAUCAUUAAUAAAUAUAAAUAAAAGUUCCAAAGAAUUACAGGCUGUUAAACCACUACGCCUAACUGUACAAAACACAAAAUCUAACAAAAUAAAUGAAUUGAUUGACCAACUAAAUAAUAGCGCAUUGCCAAAAGAAAAUGAGCUGAAUUUACUAAGUAGUGUUACUUCUUCUUUUUCUUCUUCUUCGUCUCCUGGGUUACUAUUGGCUAAUAAUAAUAUUGGUAAUACAGAAAGACCAAAAAAGUCAAGCUAUUAUUUAUCUGGAUUACCUAUUAGUGAUAUAGAAGAAAUACGAGAGGCUAUAGAACCAAUAACAACUACAACAACAAUGACACCCACGACAGUACCACCAUUAAAGGUUGAAUAUAAGACUGGAGAGGGACCAUGUAGAAUGUGCCAUAAGGAAAUCACAUUCAAUGCGAGAUUUGCUAAAGAAUUGACUGGACAAUGGCAUCGUGAUUGUUUCCAGUGUAUUAAGUGCAAUCAAAAAUUCAACAAAUCUAAUCCAUGUUACAUAUUGAAUGACGAACCAUAUUGUCAAAUGGAUUAUCAUAUAGUUAAUAAUACAAUAUGUAAGAUAUGUGAUAUUUUUAUUGAAGGUGAAUGUCUUGAAAAUGACAAAGAAGAAAGGUUCCAUGUUCGUUGUUUAACAUGUUUUCUAUGUCAUGAAGUCAUCAGAAAUGAUUACUUCUUGUGCAAUGAUAAUAUAACAGUAUGUGAUAAACACGAUAUCAACCAAUUAAUGUCUGAUGGUGAGACUGGAAACAAACUUGGGAACAAUGAGGAACAAGAAUCCCUGUCAGCAACAAAUAUCAAUACUACCACGGUAAAGAAAAGAAGGACCAGACUAUUAAACUUGUAA